CAUAAUGGGACUUUUGGUCUCGUGUCGACAGGCGUAUGCGGAAGGCAUUGAGUCUCUGUAUUCCCAGCAUGUUAUCACGACACAGAGCGAGAAGCUUCUUCUCGAUUUCCCACGGCUUGUUCCAACCUUUCACCUUGCAAAUAUAACUCGUCUCGGUAUAGUCGUUUAUGCCCACUGGGACGAGAAAUUAGACGCCUCCGUGCUGAAUCUGAAUCAUCUACAGCCUAUUCUCGACAACUUGAGCACCCAUUUCCACCGUUUGCGCGACUUCAACCUCUCGUUCAUCGGCACCAGGGAUCGUCACAAUCCUGGCUGCGAGUUUCUGCAAGGACCGGCUCUGCCCAUGCUCGAUGCAUUUCACUCGUCCAAACGCCUACGGUCCAUGAGAGUCGAGUUACCGUCGGACGCAUGGCGUACGUUCACGGAGCCAAUGCAGCCUCCGGACGAUGAAGGCGAUGAGUCUUGGCUAUGGCCGCGCCACGGAUUGCUGUGGAGGUGUUUGGAUACCAAGGAACCGACCGUGCAGCUCCGGUCGUAUGAGUCGUAUGAGCGGUAUCCGCGGGCGCCAACCUACGGUGAUAAGGGUAAGGAGAGCAAGGGGUAUUGGCUCACUAAUGGCGAUGAGGGGUAUUAA